AUGGUCUUUGGUGGCACUUCUCUGACCUCCUCCCAAGUUGAUUUGGGUUCUUUGGCGCAGUAUCGCAAGCCGAUUUUACGUCUCCUGUGUGUGGCCACUCAACAUGGUGAUCUGCAGAGUGUGUGUUACCUCCUGAAAGAAGCCCAUAUCUCUGUGCCCCAGGAGCCGUCCAACAGCAACCCAGCCAUCCUGGCAGCAUACUAUGGCCAUGCCAGCUUGGUCAAAGAGCUGCUGGAUUCCAUACCUGGUCCAUGUUUAAGGGGAGACUUGCUGAACUGGAUGCUAGCCACAUCUUGCCAGCAGGGUCACCUGGACGUAGUCCGGCUCCUGGUCCAUGGCUAUGAUGUUGAUGCCAAGGACUGCGCCAUCCACAGCAAUGAGUUUGCUGUAAUCACCGGGUUGCCGCUAUACGCUGCUGCACAAGCAGGUAU